AUGCCUCCAAUGUCCAAAACCUGCCAGAGCUGCGCAGAUUCCAAGGUGCGAUGUGUCCGCACUGUGAACGCAACGGGCGCAUGUAACCGAUGUCUCCGCCUGGGUCGAGAAUGUCUCUUUCGCCAAACCGGUCGUCGAUUCAAUGGCUUCCAAAAGGAUCGCAAGAUCAAGGCGCUCGAAUCAAAGAUAACCGAAUUGAUGGCCGAUCGCACCGCGCCAGUAGUAGAGAAUGAGACCAACUUACACAUCCUCAGCACAAUAGCAACAGAUGGCAAUAUUACAGCUGAAGACAUCAUCGGAGGAGGUAUCUUGACAAUAGAGACAGCCGAGAGCUAUCUACAAAAUUUCAAGACCAAAAUGACCCCGAACUUUCCAUUCGUCGUGGUGGCCCCUUCAAUAUCUAUCAUGCAACUCCACCAAGAAAAGCCAUUCCUAUGCCUGACAAUCCUUGCGUCAGCUGCAUAUGAUAACAUGCCCUUACAACGGGCGCUAGGGGAAGAAAUCAAGAAGUUCAUUGCUUCACGCAUGCUAUUAAACGGCAAAGUCUCUUUUGACUUGCUGCAAGGGUUACUAGUCUUUCUCGCCUGGUCGCAUUAUUACUCGCGUCCACACCGUUAUACACAAUUUCUCCAGUUGGCUCUUAGCCUCAUUGUUGAUCUGCGGUUGGAUCGACCGCCACAAACGAGAGUGUGGAAGACAGGUUUGCGCUUUGGGCUGAAGUACAAUAUGGAUGAGCAGUUGUUGGACCGUCCUCACUGGGGGAGUGAUGAGCAGAGAGCUGUUCUGGGCUGUUAUUAUCUAUCAUCAUCGAUCGCAGUACUUGUGCAGAAACAUUCGACUUUUGCACAUAUGCCAUAUCUGGAAGAGUGUUGCAGGUCUCUCUCCCAAGGUAACGAGUAUCAGCAUGACGAAUAUAUUAGUUAUAUCAUUCGGCUGCAGUUCAUCGCAGAAAAGAUCGACUCUUUCUCUGCAAAGCAUGGGAUUGAGUUAGAUCAUCCUGGCUCGGGGUCAGAGCUCUAUAUCAUGAAUCUCAAAUCAGAACUAGAGGGGUUUUAUCGUCAACUUCCUUUCAAUGUCGAUGAAAACUCUCUUCUGGCUACCCAAUACCAUGCAACCGGACUAAGUCUAUACCAAGUGUGUCUCACCAACGCAAAACAAACCCUCCGGCCUGACUAUGCAUCUCCUACCUGGCGCAUUGAUAUGAGUCUUGCAGCGCAGAUCUCAGCCAAUGCGAUUCUGGCCCAAUACAUCCUUCUUCCUCCAGGCGAGGAACUUGGAUUUAACAAUACGCAGUGGGUACAGAUGGCGUUUGCUUUGCUGGUUUCAUACCGAUAUUCUGCGAUUGAUUCCAAACCAGAGCAAAAGUCUGCCUUUGUUCAUACUUUGUCACAGAUUCAAUUGAGGUUAGGAGCACUAUCUACUCCACGUGUAGACUUGAAAGGUGCUCGAGAUGUUUUCUUUCAUUUUAGAAGCCGUGUGGUUCGGAUUGAGAGCUGGUUGGGCAAUAGUAGCAAGGAGGAGUCAAGCACCGCAGAUGAUGAGGGCCUUCGCAUUUUUGAAGAUCUCAACACUAUGUCAAAUCCCGAGGCUGCUCAGUUUGAGCGUAUCAUGGAAGACAUGGGAGACGUCGGUGAUCCUCUUGGGGACUUCUUCUCUCCUUUUGUGGAUGAAUGGCAGAGCUUUCAGGAUCAUUAUUUUUCGUCCUUCUAG